UGGACGAGCGUCCGGCCCGCGCCGGCCAUGCUCAUCACGCUGUGCUACUUGUACCUGUGGGCGCGCUGGGGGCGCCGGCCGGCCGCGCUCGUGCGCUCCACGGUGUGGCGGCUGCGCGCCUCGCACUGCUCCUUCACCUUCUGCGGUGCGGCGGCGCAGCCCAGGGACGCGCGCGUGUGCCUGAGCCGCGGCGGUCGCGUCUUCUGCGUCGGCGAGAGCCAGUCCAUCGAUAACCUGAACAAAUGGGUCCUGUUUCUGGUCUCUCCCUUUGUACUUGAAGCAGAACACAUAGCAUUUGUGACAGAAAGCAUUUGGGUACAAGGUGACAAUUUACAGCGACCAUCAUCUGCAGAAACACUUGUCAGGUGGUCUGAUUGCUGCCUGCCAUUGGCUUGCCGGCCAGGGGACCCCUACCAGCUCAUUGCAGAAGCGAGUGUGGAGGAUUUCAGCAGGCUGGGGGCGGCGUUCAUGGAGGACAGGCUCCAGAUGGAGAAUGGGCUGGUGCCCCAGAAGAUCGUUUCGGUGCACUUGCUGGACUCAGCUCUGCAGGAGCUUGCAGACCCGGCCAGCAGCAGCCAAGACCCAGUCCUGCCACCUAAUGCAGAGCCCUCCCCAGUGCUGGAGCCUACAUGGGACAGCAGUGAUAGCACCGAGGCCUCUGGGGAUGGCACCCCCAAGCUGAGCAGCAAGCCUGGGCACAGCGAGCCUGCUGGGGACAGCGAGCCUACCAGGGACGGUGAACCUGCUGGCGAGCCUGCUGAGGACAGCAAGCCUACCAGGGACAGCGAGCCUACCAGGGACGGUGAACCUGCUGGGCACAGCGAGCCUGCUGGGGACAGUGAGCCUACCAGGGACGGUGAACCUGCUAGGGACAGUGAGCCUGCUGGGGACAGAGAGCCCACCAGGGACAGUGAGCCCGCUGGGGACAGCGAGGCUGCUGGGGACAGCGAGCCCCAUGGCCCUGCUGAGCACAGACACCUGCACCUGUCCAGCUGCCAUGAGUGUUUGGAGCUGGAGAGCAGCACAAUUGAGUCUGUGAAGUUUGCAUCUGCCGAGGACAUCCCCGAACUCCCCUAUGAUGCCAGCAGUGGUCCAAGGAGCACCUCCAAUGGGCUUGGCCCCGAAAGUGAAGGCAGGAGAGACAACAUGGUAGCAAAGGCGCCCAAUAUUCUUCUCUACAUGGGCUCUGGCUCCCGGGACACCCCGAGCCGGCUGCAGGAGGUUCAGGCCCUCCUGGCAGACUGUGUGGACACCGACAGCUACCUCCUGUACCCACUGCUGGAGGACAGUGCUCGUAGGGACCCGUGGCUGGACCACUGCCCGCUGUUGGUCAUUGUCACCAGCGAGCCCAUCCCUGAGGACGUGUACCAGAGGUUCACUGCCUACCUUGCCCAGGGCGGGAAGGUGCUGAGCCUGUGUUCAAGCUUCCUGCUCAGUGACUGGCGGGUGACCAGGAAGGCUGCACUGCAGAGCACUGUGCAAAACCUGGUGUUUUCCAGGCUUGGCCAGGGCAACGUGAAACUCAGUGUGCUGAGUAGUGGUUGUGUCUACCAGGAGGACCCUGGAGAACCACUUAGCCCUGGCAGGCUGCAGGGCCACCUAGAGAACGAGGACAAGGACAGGGUGAUCGUGCAAGUGCCUUUUGGGGCCCGUGGAGGGGAAGCCAUUCUUUGCCAGGUGCACCUAGAACUACCUCCCAGCUCCUCUGUAGUGCAAACCCAAGAAGAGUUUAACUUGCUCAAGUCAAGCAACAUGAGUCGGCAUGAAGUCCUUAAGGAUAUCUUGGCCACCCUGGGCCUAAGCUGUGGUGCCCGACAAGCUCCUGCCUUAACACCUCUGUACUUACUGACAGCCACCGAGGACAUCCGGGAUCCAUUUAUGCAGUGGCUUGGAAGAAUUGUGGAUGCUGACCGAGUAAUAAAAUCUAGCAAGCUCUCCCUUAAGUUUGUUUCAUCUUACACACCGGGAAUGGAAAUCACCCCAUCUUCUAUCCCCGUGGUUACUGGCACAGAAGCCUUCUCUUCAGAACAUUUUAGUCUAGAGAUCUAUCGACAGAAUCUGCAGACCCAACACCUCGGGAAAGUAAUACUGUUUGCUGAAGUGACCACCACAACCAUGAGUCUUCUGGAUGGGUUGAUGUUUGAGAUGCCACAGGAAAUGGGUUUAAUAGCCAUCGCAGUCCGGCAGACUCAGGGCAAAGGGCGGGGGCCAAACGCAUGGCUGAGCCCCUUGGGAUGUGCCCUUUCUACGGUGCUGCUGUCUGUUCCCCUGCGGUCCCAGCUGGGACAGAGGAUUCCAUUCGUCCAGCACCUAAUGUCCCUGGCCAUCGUGGAGGCUGUGCGGUCCAUUCCUGGGUAUCAGGAUAUCAACUUACGGGUGAAGUGGCCCAAUGAUGUAUAUUACAGUGACCUCAUGAAGAUUGGUGGAAUUCUGGUUAACUCAACACUUAUGGGAGAAACAUUCUAUAUACUUAUUGGCUUUGGGUGUAAUGUGACUAACAGCAACCCUACUAUCUGCAUCAACGACCUCAUUGAAGAAUACAACAAGCAAAAUCAGACAGACCUAAAGCCUUUACGAGCUGAUUACAUCAUUGCCAGGGCUGUGACAGUGCUGGAGAGACUCAUCGACAUGUUUCAGGACCAAGGGCCCAACGGCGUCCUCCCCCUGUAUUAUAAAUACUGGGUACACAGUGGCCAGCAAGUCCGUCUGGGCAGUGCUGAGGGCCCGAAGGUGUGGAUCGUGGGCCUGGACGACUCCGGAUACCUGCAGGUCCACCAGGAUGGCGGCGAGGUGGCGACCGUGCACCCUGACGGCAACUCCUUCGACAUGCUGCGCAACCUCAUCCUGCCCAAGCGGCGGUAGCAGGCUGCAUGCACGCACGUGCACCCCGCCCUCCAUCGGCCUCGGCUGGGACCCGACAGCUAAUGCAGCUUGAGAGUGACUUCCCUCCUCAAGUCAUUCGUUAACUCUCAUCUUUUUUCUAUUUUUCUGGUUCUUAAAAGUUUUGUUGUUUUAUUGGGUGUCUGAAGAUGCUUCCACAUGGUGGCCUAACAGGUGAAGGAUUUAGUUUAGUGAAAGCCCACGUGGGCGUGAAAUCCCCCGCUGCCUUUGAACUUGGAUCUGAGUCUAUUCUUUUAAACAGCAAUAGCAAUGGUGUCAUUCAAAUGCUUUUCUAGUGAUAGAAACCUUUUCAGCCCUAAGCUAUUAAAAAAUCAAAUCAGAAAUGCUCUGGGUGCAGGCAGGAGGUGCACUGGUCAUUUGCAAGCACCCAGGAAGGAUUUCCCAGUGGGCAGAAGGUUAUGUUAGUGGGGGAAAGAGGAGGUUGCUGCUUGCUGCCGUCCGAGAAUACCCACUAGCCUGGGUGUGAUGACGAUGGACUUGGUUCCUCACCCUGGCACCGUCUUGGGAAUUCUGCUUCCUGAGCUCAGCUUACUGCACGCCUGAAGACGGGGCUCAAGUCCAGGACCUUUCUGGUGCAGAGGAGCAGCCUGGGCAGGAGCAGAGCCAGCUCUGCCCGCGGGAGGUGAAGGCACUUCGUGCCACAUGCAAGGCGGCCUCAGAAGCUCUGAAGGAAGUUUCUGGUUCACUGCCGAAUACAGAGCAUUCCUGCAAGACUGCAGAGGUUCAGAGGGUAGAAUGCUUGACUACACUUUUGGUUGUUCUUGUUUUUGAGACAGGGUCUGUCUUUCUCUCACAUUUAAAAAAAAUAUAUAUUUCAUACUGCCCUUGUACUCACUGUGUGCCCCAAGUAGACCUCAGACUCACAGCAGUCCUCCUGCUUCAGCCUACCAAAGGCUGAGAUUACAGGAUUGUGCCACCACCCUAGGCACCAUGGCCUCACAUUUGAAAAUCUUAAUUUUUGCUCCCUCCUUCCACCACCAAGAAAGAAAGUGAUGCACUGAAAACCAUUAUUUGGAGGAAGAAUACGCGUGCAUGUGUGCGUGUGCACAUGCCUCUGUGUGGCUUUCAAGAAGACAGUCACUAUCUGAUGUCCAGAAGUCUCCGUGGCAGAACCGGGGAGAGAAGCCCUGACGGUUUGCUGUUCCCGGGUGUAUGCCGCGCUCUUCCCACACAGCCCGGCUCCCAGCUUAGGCCCAUGCCCACCCUUUUGAGCCUCAAAAGGCUCGUUUGUGUUCACUCUUCUCUUCCUGCCAGUCCCAGCUGAAGUCAGUGGGAAAAACUCCACGAACACUCAGCUUUGCACAAAACCCCCUCAUUGUGAACUAAUGCUAUCCUCUUGCAGGCCUCGGAGAAGCCAGGCUAAUUCCAGAAACGUGUGGUUUCCAGUGUAAAAUCUGCCCUUCUGAGCCAGGCACAGACAGCCCCACAGGGAGAACAAAACACCGUGUUUAGUUAAGUACACCAACCCCAUCUGUGUUUUUUGGAAAUGUAACUGUAAAAGGACUUCAGAAGUCAUUUUUGCAAAGAAGGCUUCCAUUUGGAUUAUUUUUCUUAAGAAAUCACUCUCUCUUAAAUGGCCAGGUCUUCUUCUGGAAUUAAUGACGAGUGUAAGCGAAAGUCCACACCCCCCGGUUGACAAAACCGACUCACCCUUGAGACGCACCCGCGGCCAUCUUUAGGUUCAGCUCUGGCAGUCAGUGCUGCAGUUUCGUUUUGGAGCUGGUCGCAGAAGGCAGGUCAUCUCUCAGAGCUGCCGCGGUUGGUUUUUAGAAUUUCUUUGGGGAAUUAUUUAAUGAAAACCAUACUGUGUUUUGUUUUAAGCUGAAAGCUUAUUCUAGAUAGUUCUUCUUUGGGGAAAAAACCUUAUCAUUUAAUUUCCUUUCUGUAAAUUAAAACUGAUGAAGUGUGGUCAUGUCAAAGUGCCCCAAGAUGUCCCGUGUGUGCCACUUGGCCCCCUCGAAGUUAGCUUUUGAGGGGUGUUUUUGAGGGGUGUGCAGGACAGCCAGUCAUCUUGAGGGAGACAAAAAUAGGCUGUGCUAUGCAUAAACCUGGUUUUGCCUCACACGAACCAAAGACUCCCGAAAUUUUGCUUCAUAGAGAAAAUGAAGGCAUUUUAUGGCUAGAGCCACAGCAGUCUGCCACUCUGGACUCAACAGCUAGGGUGUUCGUGCCCUCAGGAACUUUAAUGUCUUCAUGGGAACUAUACAUUUUCUUGUCAGCUUUAAAACAGGGCCCCUAACCUCAGGAUCACCACAAGCAUUUACAACAUGGAUUAUCUCUCAUUCCCCAGUUCAAAGUGCAUCCAAAGCUUGGUGUGGAGGUGCAUACCUUUAAUCCCAGCAUUUGUGAGCAGAGAUAGGAGGAUUGCUGCAAGUUCAAAGGCAGCCUAUGCUACAGAGUGCAACUGCCUCAAAAAUAAAAAAAUAAAUCACAUUGAGUACCUACCGUGUUUUGUUGGAAGGCUAGGCAUACCCAGUUCUGGAGUCACAGGGCGGGGGUGGAGGGCAGUGACAGGAGGAGUGGGGUUUCCCAUGCCUUGCUGGAGUAGCUCAGGAGGCCUAGCAGGGCAGGCUAGUGGCGCAGUAGGAAGGGCCUGUGUCCAGCAGGUGACUCUGCAGUGUGCUGUUGGGACCUGACUUGGGGACAAGUGGGCCCUCUAAGGCUGGGGGAGACCCAGGUGGGGAGCCUGGCGGUUGGACCAUGGCGUGCAGGAGCCCC